GUUGGUUGAGGAUGUACAACCCAUGGGUAUGCCAUCACUAUUGGCUGCCUGGCCACUUCAUACGGGAGUGUCAGCUGUGGGAUAUUCCUAAUGCAGCAGAGCUGGUGGCAGGAUCUGCAUCAGGUUUGGGAUCGUGCUUGGAUAACAGCGGUAUUCUUCCAGCGCCAGCUUCGAACGCUAUUGUGCCUUAUCAGGGCAGCCAAGCUGCAUCAACUUCGUCAAACAGUUCCGGCGGCGGCGGACACAGUAAUGGAGGUGAUGGAGGAAAAGAAAGAACGGCAGCGACAGGAGGAGGAGCAAAAGCGGAAGGAGGCAGAAGAGGAGAACAUUCGUCUAGAGAAAGUGGAUAAGGAUUCCCUCAUCAAUCGCAUGGGGGAGGAGGUGAGGUCUAAUACGAAGCUUGUCUGCGAGACCGUAUUGGGAAGGAAGUUCGAUCUUCCUGCAGUGCUGGAUCCGAAGACUCAGGAGAUCGCCAGACUGCAACAGGAAGUCGAGGAUCUCAAUACUCAAGCCACUGGAGCAAAGAAGUUGGACGAUGUGGAGAGAUUACGCAAGGAGAAGGAGGAACUCUUGGGAUUACAAGAGCAGAAGGCACUCGAGCAAGAGACUGAAGAUCUGAAAGGGAAAAGAAAGCUGACAGAGGAGGGUGCAUCCAAGAAGACUGAGCUCGGCAUUCUCAAGGAGGUUGAUAACCUACGGGGACAUCAUGCAGCCCUCGAGAAGAAGAACGAGGCGCUGGCGCGGCUCAAGCAUGCGAACAAGCACCUUGAGAAAGAGUUUGUCAGCCUAGUAGGUGGUCUCCCAAACAUCGGGGAAGAGAGCUGCGGAUGUCGUGACAGAGAAGAGCCCACCUGGGAAACGAGUGGGUAUGAGGCGGAGUUCUUCAAGGAGCGACUUCUCAAGAAGCUUACCCCUAGUGCUCGGACCAAGAGGCCAACGUUGGCCAAGUGUACUACUCCGCGUAACUUACGAAAAUCUCUCAAUCAAGUGGUGACUGACAUUGAUUCUGCCGAAGAGGACGAUGAGGGGGAAGAUGGCGACCAGCUAACGAAGGAAGCCGAACAGCGUAGCAAAUUGGUGGAUAAGCGGCGUAAGGAGCUGCACCUCGCGAAGAAGUCGGAGUUGGAGCUGAUAUGUAACGAGGAAGGCAUCAGCUACAUCAAGAUCGAACAGGCGCGAACAAAUAUCGUUGAGAUUCAUGCGCGUAGGGAUUUCGAUGAGCUUCGGGAGGAGAUGAAGAAUUAUCUCGAGGACGAGGACAGGGGAGAUGCACAGGCUGAGGAAGAUGCUCAGUAUGCCACGUCAGCGGAAGAGGUUGCUGAAGAUUAGGUUCGCGCCCUGAGUGCAACUGAUUUAUGGCAUUUCGCUGUCUCUUGUUGUGAUUUUCAACAUGUUAACGGAAAUUAUAUCUUCUUUGAAACAAUUUCUGGGAUUUUGUGUCGUAUUGUAAUUCUUUUAAUUCUUAAUAAUUGUAUUAUAUGGGGUUUGAACAUUCGUGAGUUGCUCGCCAAUCUGAUUGAAUCUAAUUACGAUUUUUUUUCAAUUGUCCUGGUCCGGUUGUUUAUAUACUUCUGUCACAUUCGUGCAAGCACUCUUACGUGGGAUGCACUAGUAGGAGUCUGAACACUCGUUGGAAGGAGCAUGUCUGUCGCGCUAUUUGACGUAGUAGGGUCUACCGCAAUACGAAAUUGUAUCGCUGGUUCAGACGUGUGGGGCAAUGUAUGUACGUAGCUAUUCCUAUUUAUGUACCCAGCUCUCUUUCUGAUUUGUAAAACUGAAAAAUUCUUCAUCCGUACUCUAUCCCCGUCUUUGAACGUUUCCCUUCGUUGGCACUCUCCAGUGUCUCAACGUAGGCAUAGGCCCGGUAAGAAUGAACGCCUUCGGCGUAA